AUGGACCUGCAUAACACAUCCCGGGCGGACCCUCGGCAUGUGAGGCGAGUCUCCUGCAUUGUCUGUGCCAAGGGCAUGCGGAGAUGCUCCCGCCAGAUCCCAACGUGCACCCGUUGCGCCGAGAAAGGCCUUGUCUGUCGAUAUCCUGCUCUUCGAAUCUCCUACGUUCCUUCCGUUGAGCUCGUCUUCUCUUCUGAUGGCCCACCAACGGUGUAUCAGGACCUGUGCGGAUCUUUCGGCAACUCUGCCGGUUUCAGUGCUUCAAGUACCACGGCGAACGGCCAUUACCAUGAACAGAUCCUCGUAGAUAGUACUUACGAAAGCAGAGACCGUCUUACCCACGAUUCCACUUCACUCUUGACUGAAUCCCGUUCUGUUACCACUGGAGGUGAACCUAUAUUGGCUCCUCAUUUGUCUAACCCGUGGUUUCUAUCUCCAAGUUCCUGGGUCAUUACAGACAAUGCCGGCUCCGUCCGACCUCGCGGUUGUUUCAACGAAGAGGCACUUCGACAAUUCCCCGAGCAUGCUAUGGCUUGGCUAAAACAGUGGUCUGUAAAAGGUCAUUGCCCUUUCAUUCACCUGAGCCAACAGAAGACGUUCAACGGCUUCCCAGACUGCCUGCAAGAUGCUUAUACCCUCGUCAGUAAUUCUAAAGAUGCACGACCCAUAGAGGAUCUUGUAUUUGGUCCCAUGACGGCGCCAUCUCGCCUCCAAGCUCUUCUAGUAUAUACCAUUGUAGGACUUUUCGAUGGUGAUAUCCGCGCAAGGGGCCAAGCUGAAAGUAAUCUCGAUGUGCUUACGUCGUGGGCAACAGAGCUCUGGGAACGGACCGUGCUGGAUAUAUCUCAAGGCCGCGGGGCUGAAGACAACCCUAACACUGACAACAGUGACCCUCCGGCUACAGAGAGUUGCAGGAAAUCCGGAACGACGAAAGAGACCAUGGAUGCCACUGCGCCUCCGUCAAUCGAUCAGACCAUCAGCACCACCAAGUACGACUACGUGGGGCUCCUCAUGGACGGAACAGUCUACUCUGCUUGGCAAUCCUGGACAUUUGCCGAGUCGAUACGCAGGACCUGCCUCACUGCUGGCAUCACCCGCUCCGUAUUUCGGGUCUUGCAGAAAGGGUGGUCCGAUUGUCCUGGUGGCAUCAUCUUUACCGCAGCGAACGGGCUGUGGGACGCACCCGAUCCGCAUAUAUGGAUGAAGCGUAUUUCUUCGUCGGGGUUUUUGGCCGUGCGGCACACAGAAUUGGAAAACUUGGUAGAUCAGACAUAUCGCUGCAAAGUGGAUGAGUUUUCGCAAACUAUUGUAAUAAUAUCAUUUGGCUUGGAGAGGUAUGCACAAUGAGGGGCUGAUUCUAACCAACAUGGAACUGUGUCGGUAGACUCAGAGGUUAUCAUCAUAAUUCGUUCAAUAUGGAAGUAAAAUUGAACGUAGUAUCAACCAUGCAUAUAGAGUUAGAGAACGUUAUAUAGAGUAAAUUUCAGAAG